CUUGGGAGUUAGCCUUGGAGUAACCCCAAGGAGAUGGGAAGCUCCUCGCAGGCUCCCUGUAUUCUUUUUCUCUAAAUUAACCAAGGAGCAUUUACUGAGCCACUACUCUGUGCCAGGACCCACAUUCAAAGCAUGAUACAAAUCUUACUCCCAAUUUGCUUAUGUGUGCAAACUUGCUAGUGUGUAUAAAACUGUAUUAUUAUGAAUAUUCAUUAUUAAUAAUACCAGAGUCCCUAGCAUAGGAUGUGGGAAUACAGAAGGCUCAGGACACAAGCAUAGAGUGCUGAGCUUGGAAUCAGGAAGACUUGAAUUCAACUCCAGCCUCAAACACUGGGCAAGUCACUUCACCUCUUAUUACCUCAGUUUCCUCAUCUGUAAAAUGAAGAUAAUAAUAGCACCUACCUCCUAGGUUGUUGUGAGGAUCAAAUGAGAUAAUAAAUGUAAAGAACUUAACAUAGUAGGGGCUAAAUAAAUGUUAGCCAUUAUUUUUAUCGUUGUUAGCAAAAAUAUCGGAAGAUGAAGCCAUAAGAUCAAUAAAUUAUUGUGUAAGACAGGGAAAAAAUAAAAUGAAGACUUUCUCCUCUAGUUUCAACAUCACCAGCCUAUCAGCAUAUCGUGGUCCGAUGGAAGGAGCACUGGUUCUGGACUGAGGGGACCUGUGUUCAAAUCCCACCUCUCAGUUUGCCUCACUGGGAACACAUUGGUAGAUUGAUUUUGACAAUUUUCUUGACCUUCCUAGACCUGAGUUUCUUCAUUUGCAAAGUAAAGGAUGGAGAGAAAAAGGAGGAGAGGGAAGAGCUUGGGACUUGAUCAUCUCUAGCUUUAAGUCUGCCCUUCUUUCUUGGGACAGAAGCUAUACACUGGAGCUAUGAGAAAUCAAGAGGAAUGAAAAGAGAGUAGCCUGAGAGCACAGAAGCUGGGGGGAAGGCAGAGAAAGGAGAGGCGGAAGACAGACUUGCCAGAGUGUCCCAGGGGCCUUUGGGGGACACAAUCUCUCAGUCCAACCCUUGGGGCUUGGCCAGGGGGAGAAGGAGAUACUUGUCUUGCUGCCUUUCUCUCUUCAGGCUCCACUGCUUCCUGUCCCAUCAGAGAAGAUGAUCCCCAAGGUGGCCAUUUGCAGCCUACUUCUCUUCAGUGUGCUCUGGAUGGAUGUGGCUUUGGCAGGCUCCAGUUUCCUAAGCCCUGAGCACCCAAAGACCCAGCGGAAGGAAACCAAAAAGCCAUCUGUCAAGCUUCAACCCCGGGGUGUGGAAGAACCUUUUGGCCAGCCUGAAGGAGUAGAUAAAGGUCUGGAAAUCCAGUUCAACGCUCCCUUUGACAUUGGGAUUAAAGUGGCUGAGGCUCAGUAUCAGCAAUAUGGUCAUGCCCUGGAAAAGGUCCUACAGGAGAUCCUUUUGGAAGAGAACCAAGGACCUACAGGGGGGAAAUGACACUCUGGAGAGAUGACCGCACACAUUUUUCUAAGCAACAUGCAUCAUUUCUAGUCUUGCUUUCAGAUUAGCUUCCCUGACAACUUCCUCUAUUUGUGAAUUAUAUGCCAGGGAAUGAAAUAAAAAUUCCCAUUGCAGACCAA